GGGUCCUUCCUGCCGCGGGGCCCGCGCACGUGGAGCCGGCGCGCCAUGGAGGGGGACGCGGCGCUGAUCCUCAACGUGAGCUCGGGGCCCGCCCCGCCCCGCCGUCCGCCCCGCCAGAAGCAGAAUAAGGCUCUGAAAAUAAAGCCCCAAUGGACGGACAAUGUUACACCCACUAAGCGGAAACGCACGCUGCCUGCAUCCUCUCCACUCAAGAAACGCGCCAAGGAGGUUGACGUCAGUGGGAAGGGAAAUUUGGCAUCAGCGUUUGUUCCGAAGAAGCACCCGACUGACAGGCAGGAUGAGAGCACGAGACCUUUCAUUAAGACAUCCAGCUUGUUUAAAAACAACCCCGAGAUUCCAGAAAUCCCCAGAGGUGCAGUGCAGCUGGUGCAAGAAAAGGUUUUCACUUCCGAUUCUUUCACCCAGCUGGAUCUUCAUCCCCAUCUGGUAUCCACAAUAACCACUGUUUUGAAGAUGUCUAGUAUGACUAGUGUCCAGAAGCAAACUAUUCCUGUGCUGCUACAAGGCAAGGAUGCCCUGGUGAGAUCCCAGACAGGUUCAGGUAAAACUCUGGCCUAUGGCGUCCCACUGGUUCAGUCCUUGCAGGGGAUGAAGUCAAAAAUACAGCGCAGCGAUGGGCCUUAUGCACUUAUAUUGGUUCCAACAAGAGAGCUAGUAUUACAGAGUUUUGAUACAGUCCAGAAAUUGCUUAAGCCAUUUACCUGGAUUGUGCCUGGAGUGCUAAUGGGGGGAGAAAAGAGGAAAUCGGAAAAAGCCAGAUUACGUAAAGGAAUAAAUAUCCUCAUUUCAACUCCUGGCCGCCUGGUUGAUCACAUCAAGUCUACAAAGUGCAUUCACUUCCAUCAUACCCAAUGGCUGGUUCUCGACGAGGCAGACAGGAUCCUGGACAUGGGGUUUGAGAAGGAUGUGACUGUCAUACUUAAUGCCUUAAAUGCAGAGAGAGAGAAGCGGCAGACUGUCUUGCUCUCUGCCACGCUCGCACCAGGUGUAACAAGGUUGGCCGAUAUCAGUCUGAACGAUCCAGUCAGCAUUUCUGUUGUGGAUGAAACCUGGGACAGAACUGAACCUGAGCUGGAACCAGUUCAGGGAGCAGUUUGUUCCCCAGUUAACAUGGGGCACAGCAGCUUUGCUGUACCAGAGAAGCUCAAGCAGCAUGUGGUGGUUGUUCCCAGCAAGUUGAGGCUUGUCACCUUAUCAGCUUUUAUCCUCGGGAAGUGCAAGUUUGAAAAAUGCCACAAGAUGAUCAUCUUUUUCUCCAGCUGUGAGCAAGUGGAAUUCCACCAUGAACUCUUCCUAAAAGUCCUGUUGGGAGGUGCAGAGUCUGACCAGCCUGGGCAUCCACUGCCUCCAUUGCCAGGCCUGAGGUUCCUCCGACUACAUGGCAACAUGGACCAGGAGGAAAGGACUGCGGUAUUCCAGGAGUUCCUACAGGCCAAGACUGGCAUCUUACUCUGCACAGAUGUUGCUGCCCGUGGGUUGGACCUGCCUCAAGUCACCUGGAUUGUUCAGUACAACGCUCCGGUUUCACCUGCGGAAUACGUCCACCGGAUCGGAAGGACGGCUCGGAUUGGCUGUCACGGGAACAGCCUGCUCAUCCUGAUUCCUUCGGAGGCAGAAUAUGUCAACUUGCUGGCUUCUCACAAGAUUAAGGUCUCAGAAAUGAAGAUGGAGGACAUUUUGGCCAACUUAGUGAAGGACGAUCGUUUCAAGGGGCACCAAUGGGGAAACAAAAAAUCCCGUGGCACAAACCCCCAGGAAGUGCGGGAGCGGGCAACGGUCUUGCAGACGGAAUUUGAAAAUUACGUGCACUCCAGCGGAGAAAAGGUCCGGUGGGCAAAGAAAGCCCUGCAGUCUUUCCUUCGUGCAUAUACCACCUACCCCAAGAGCCUAAAGCACAUCUUCCACAUCAAAGCCCUCCAUCUGGGUCAUGUUGCCAAGACCUUUGGCCUGAGAGACGCUCCCCAGAACCUCAGUACCUCCAUGGCUGCCAGCUCCAAGAAGAAAACUAAAUUCAAGCCACAAAGGCCCGACCUUCACAAGAGGACCCAAGGCAAACGCCGCCUUGCUGAAAUCUUGCGCUCUGAAUAUUCAAGUGGGAUGGACUCUAAUGUAUCCAAGGUCAAGAGGAAGAAAAGACACAGAAAACCUGGCAACCAGGAAACGCUGAGCUGAACUGGGAGUUUCCAAUCCUCCGCUGCAAAAACUGGUUUCAGAGAACGCCAGGGACAGGGGACAGAGUGACAUGUAAAGCAAGCUGACGAGCAUCGGGAUUUAGCAGAGAAUUGUUCAAAGGCUUAAAGCCUUGGGGAGCUGAGCCUUACAGGAUGAAUGGGACUGAAUUCAGACACGUCCUGUUCUCAGCAAAGAAUGCUCCAUUCCAAUUAAAUGCAGCUUCCUGGAGAUGCACUAAGUUUCCAAGUUUUGCAGUUUUAACUCCGUGACAAUUUGCUUUUGUUAGGAAAAUUUCAGAGAGGUGAGAUGCAGCGUAGAGGGCAACAUACAACGCCCUGCCAAUAAGUGCACUUCACCUGGGAUGAGAAAGGAACUGAAUUCACAGGAGUGAUUGUUUUAAAAGCCUAUAGGGACUAAUGCCUCUUUUUUUAACCACAGAAAGUUAAUUUAACUCAGUGAGUGUUCGCCCCAAGGGCCAGGUAUAACCACUCAUCCUCUGCAGGGACCUGCUCAUUUCACUUGGGCUCUCCAGAGAGGCAAAUGGUGCUCAAUGUGAGCAGAGGUAGCAAAGUCUGACCCUUGUUUGCUUAGUCUGCAUUUAACAAGCAUGGGUCCCUUUGUCAGCCCUGUACUGUCAGUGGUGCGGAGGCCGUACCUUGAUGGCGCUCAAGGUAAUGGCAAAACUCCCAUUUACUUGGGAAAAGGAUUUGUUCCUGUCUGUAACCAGACACAGCCCACAUGAUACAGUUGUGAGUCCUUGCUCAGGCAAUCUUUAUAAGUAGGGUUUGGGCCUGAGUCAUUGAGCAUGGAGCUGUUCUGUGUUGCAAAAAGCAUCUCCCAUCUCAGCACACUGCAGGCUUUGCGGAGUAUUUCUAACGCUUGACAAUAAUCCAUCAUUUCGGAAAGGCGUUACUCCCUCUGAAAAGUGUAGUUAAUCAACCCUUACCGCAGCUCUUUUUAAAUAUCCAUUCCCCCUUUCAGAGCCUUUUCUGGGCUAGUUGAUUUUUCUCUCUGUUUCUUCCCUGUUUAUUGCCUUUGAAGCAGGAAGACAUCAGUAGUUUGGGCUUCUUCCUUUCUUCAUUCCCAGUCAGGUGCUGGUAGGGCUGGGAGUGCUGUGGUGUGCUCCAAGCCAGGCUGUAUUUGGGCCUCAUUCAUCAUUACCCUGCACGCAGGCUGGACCCCGCUUAGCCUCGGUGAAGUUGUACACAGCUUCCCUGCUUUUAAUAAGGCUACAUAUGAAAGCCCACCCCACUAUCAGCUCUGAGUACCCGGCUCACCUCAAUCUCUCUUCUCCACUAUAACCAGUAAGCAUCAGACACACUUAAAAGGGGGGAAAAAAGUCCUGCCCAAUGUACAUGCAGCCCUCCCUCUCCAGAGAAGACCAGAGCAGGAACAAACUGCACGCGUGAUGCAUGCUGGUUACAUCCCCCAGUGCCCAGGUGGAUAUGGUGAUAGUGGUAUAAGUGCUUAUGUAGAGUAGAAGGCACAGCCUGGCAGAGGGGGCUGUAAGAUGUCCCCAUAUCAAAUUGCAGCGAUAUAAGUGAUGGCACAUGGCGUUAGGCAAGAAUUAGUCAGGCCAUGCGGUGCAGAAAAAGAGCAGCCAAUCCAAAAGAUUUCUCAACUGAGUACAACUUUGGAGAACCAGAAUGCAUCUGCCUUUUUCCCUCCCAGGCAAUUACUGAACUGCAACUUCCUGGCUUCAUGUUUUUCGCAGCAGGAGAGGGUUUUUUUGGACACUUGAAAAAGACGGAUUUAAAAGAGCCUCAGCUAUAAAACAAACCAAGUGAUGGGCAGAGAGUACAAGGGACUGAUGAGGCUAAAAUUAAAUAAAAAGUGUUAUUAUUAUUAUUAUUUGGAAGGGCAAUACGGUUUAAGGCAAAUGUCAACUUAAAAAAAACCCCGAGGAUGAAAAUGACUCAGAAUGUGAUGCCAAGAGGAUAAGCUUGGGAAGAAUUGAUCUUGUGCAGGAGGUAAAAAAAAAAAAAAUAAAAGUAUGACCUUCUCCAAGCUGACUGUCACAUAAGAAUUAAUGGGAACUAUUGGUGAAUUUAUAAUAAUUGGAAGAAAAAGCCGACAGCACGUCAGUUAGACUUUAGGAAAUCUUUUCGCCCUCUGUAUUAUUGGGGCGUGUAAUUCUACAAAUGGUUUUGAUGAAAUAAUGAGUGAUUACUCUUUUUUCACCUACAGGCUUUUCUCUUUAAGGCUCACCAUCUUUUACCUGAUAGCUCUGGAUUAAUAGUGAGUGAUUACAGAAGGGAGGAAGGGGGAGAUUAUCGGAAAAUGUUAAAGGCAAUGUGUGUAUACCUACAGAGAGGCCAGGCCAAGUUUGCCAGAGAUGAACUUCUGCAGAUGUGCAACUUCUGGCUGGCCAUUCACAGGGAGAACUAAAUUCUGCCCUCCGUUAGAUUUAUGUGACCCUGUGGAUUACACUGUCUGGCCACUGUCUGUCUCCUGAUCUGCUUUACUACUUUCCCACCCAGCUGGUUUAGGAAGAAGGACUUUACAGUUUUAAGGUUAAUUUUAGCUAAAACGUAAACCACCAUUUCAGUAAAUCAGUAUCAGAUUGUCACCCUUGGCAUAGAAAUUCUAGAUUAGUUGAACAAAAGCCUCAGUAUAAUUCAGUUGCACAUGCAUUGACUUGGGCCCAGUUUUUAAAUUAAGGCUAGCAGAAGGGGCUUUAUCUUAUCGUCGACUCUUAAUUUGAUUUCUGAGCGGCGUUCGAUUUAAAACCUGAUGGCAGGAUAAAGUUUCAGCUUUUUAACUUCCUGCUAGUCCUGCCUUUUCUGCACAUCCAGAGCUGCAUUUGUGUGCGCUUCUGAGAGCCCUCUUCUUGUCUGACUGCUGGAGUCGGGAAUGCUUGCUCUCAGGAAAAGCUCCUCUGUUUCAUCCAUGCUCUUGGGUUUGUGUUUACUAAGAUGAUCGGCUCCUGGAGACAGGGACCACAGCUCUGUGUCUCAGUCUUGUGUGCUGCACCGAAUAAUACCAAUAAUAAGGGCCAAACCCUACCUGCCUUUUAAAGCCUGAAAAGGUCCUGCCAGAGCAGAGGAAGAAUGAUGGGGGAGAAGAAAUGCCACCAGGCAGAUAAAGGCUUGAGGGGCUAGGGGUGAGACCUCACCAUGUACCUAUGCUGAUCUGUCAGACCUUGAUCUCUCCAGAGGCUUCAUAUCCCAGGUACCCAGUUGUACACAUGUACUGAUUUCUGUAGGGCAGAAUUGGGCCCCAGACUCAGGUUCCUGCGUCCUUCAGGUUAGACCCAUUUUAACCUGUCAUAUUCUUGCUAUCCAAGGAGAAAGCCAGAAUGAAAGAAACCUGACAUUAAUGCACCAUCCCAGAAUGGCUCCGCUCAGCCCCAUACGUUUUGGAGGGGAACUCCAAGUCCUGUCCCUUAUCUGCUAUGCUGUUAUAGGACUGGGACCUACCUGCACAGCGAGACCCCCGCCUCCCCCAAAUGCAGCUUUGCCUCCCAAGCAUUUGGGGAAUGGUUCUGGUCUUUGACACUAGUAGAGGGGGCGGUGGGAGGUAUGUACGGACCCCAGUUGGGAACUCCUCCCAGAAGAGCGCGUUCAGGUCCAAGCACAAGGCGCACCUUAACCUCCCCAGGCACGAUGCCCAUCAUUAAGGACAAAGCAGCAAAACUCCCCUGUCGGUAUAAAUUCCCGUUCCUCUGCAACCCUGGGGAGAAGAGAGAAACACACCAUUUGUUCUGGACUCUUUAUGUUUCAGCAUAAUUUUUUUCAGUGCUUACAUGAUAACGUGAUAGGUGUCUUAAAAUAUCUUGGACAGAAGCCAGCUGGAGAGCAGUGACUGCUGAUUCAUGAGUCGAUGUGGGGGUGAGACUCCUUCAGCCAUGUUACUGCCUGUGACCGCUCAGUCUCUGCAUUGGUAUCGCUGUUCGGUCCCCAAUUGUUGCAGCUUCCUAUUGGCAUACUCAGUGCUGUCUAAGCAUCAGUCCCUUUCCCAGCAUCGAGAAAGGGGCAGACAGGACAGCAACAUACCUGCAUAUACGUUCAUAUUGAUGCAAUAGAAACAGGAGGCCAGGUGCCAAAUGGAAAUUUGACAGCCUUUGGUGGAGUUCUCACCUUUAUUAUGCUGUGAAUGAAAGCAGGGGUUUGCAUUCCUGCUGCAGAAAGCUCAGUUUAAACCAAAACCACAACAUUUUGGACUCUAAAGUUGGUCCUUUCUGAGCUAGGGAGCCUGCUUUGCAUUUUUGUACUGCAGCUCCGACUGUGUCACUUGGUGCCCUUUCAGAACCCAAACCAGGAAUUAGCAGAAAGCCACGCUUUAUCCGUGCUCUAGUCAAGGAAAGUCUAGCCCCUUGAAGUGACAGUUUUGGCAUAGAGCACUUGUCUUUGUGAUGGCUUCUGACGCAUCUCCAGGCCCAUGCAGUUUUCAUUAUGUUGUCCUGCUUUGUUUGAAGCCGUUGCACCCUAUUUUAAUCUGUUGUGAAUUCUCCCGUUUGUGUAUUACUUGUAUUUGAGCAGGGCCCAGGAUCAGGGCUCCCCUGCGUGCAAUGCUGUACGAAUUGGGAGUGAUAAGACGUUCUUGUCCUGGGGAGUUGCAUAGUCUAAUUUUCACGGUAUGGGGAAGAAUCCUGCUGCGAGGAGAGGACAGGGCUCAGGGUUCAAGCUCUGGUCCUGUCCCUGUCAUGGACACAAACUUGCUUUUGGAUUCUGGACAAGUUGCUUCACUUCUGUCCCUUACUUCCCCCUCUGUGGAUUGGGGACAAUUCCUGCCUCACAAGGGUGUUGUGUGGCUAGAUGUUGUCUUGGUUUCAAAGCACUUUGAGAUCUUCUACAGGAGAUGCUUUUCACCUGGGAGAUGCUGUAUGCUGUAGUGUGGUGUGUUCACUGAAGCGCUGAUUUCUUUUAAAACUUGUCAUUUUACCCUGUUAUUUAAGCUCCCAUCACAACUCAAAACCUCGCUCCCUCUCCCCUUGCUUUCUUUAGCAAAAGGACACUGGCCAAGUCACCCCUGCUGCCUAAGCUUGUUUCUUUCGGACAGUAGUCUUGAUUUUUUUCCUACUGCCGUUGUUUAAACGCAACCUGAAACCUGUUCGUGUUUGAACGUGCUGGUUGAAAUCUUUGCCAUGAGUUUCCCAGCCUCCUCCAGAUGUGAAUUGGCAAGACAAAUUUAAAUAUUGCAAUUAUAAACUUGUAGGGAAGCGUUGUACUUCAUUAAUGUAAGAGAUGGAAUCUGCUCCGAGGUACAAGGACAAUUAAAUAUUAGAGAAUGUCUUUGAUUUACAUUCCUGCUGUGUAAAUGUAAGGAAGGUUGCUGUAUUCUCUCUGCUUUCACUCUCACAAAAUGAAAAGCACACCCAGUGCAAGUUGUCCUUUGAUAGAUUUUUAAUAUGAUUUUAAAGAGUU